AUGAAAAUAUCUGCCUUCUUCCUCAUUGUCUUGAGUGCAGUUGCUGAUGUGGCAUCGGCUUUCACUCAGCUUUCUCGCGCCCCUGUGGCCGUCCGCCCAAACACCCACCACAAGAAAAAUGCAGUCAACAAAAUUUCCGUCACACUUGCUUCUCCAUCUUCUGCAUCAUCAAUGUCUUCAAUGCCUUCAAUGUCUUCAACAAGUUUGAGAGCCAAGAACCAAAUUGUCGACGAGGAAAGUACAGGGCUCUUUAGCGAUAUUCAGAUCAAUGCCCCUUAUGCCGUUGCAUACUUUGGAUUCUUGGCGAUUGGAUACGUCAUGACGACCAUGGAAGCUCCAGGGGCCUCCCAGGCAGUGCUGGAAAAGUUCCUGGCGGAUCCAGUCAAUCCCGGUGUCAAUGAACUCUUUGCAACCAUCUUUAAUCUGCUGGGUUUGGCAGCACUUCCCUUUGCUUGCCUCACAAUGCCUGGGGCGAAGGGUCAAAAGCCACCGUUGGUUCCUUUUCUGCUGGGGGGUGUAUUUGCAGGCUAUGGAUCUGUUGGAAUCGCCCUGUCCACUCGAAAAGAAGUGACAGCUGUCAAAGAGGAAGACCUUGGAUGGGUAACCAAGAAUGUGCUAGAAAAUAAGAUCUUCAAUUGGGCAAUGGUAGCACUAGCCGCCAGUGUGUUUGUAUCCACUGGUUUUCUCAGUGGACUUGCGGCAGAUGCGGGAGGUCAAAUUCAAGGAUACAGUGAAUUGUUUCAGUCCACGGCAAUUGCUUCCGUCUCAUCCUGUGAUUUGGCCAUCUUGACAGUGGCUGCUGCUUCACUUAUUCCUGAAGAUUUGAAACGACGAGGAUUUGAUAGUUCUGGAAAUAAGGCGUCGGCUAUAGCUGCAUCCACUGUUGUCCUACCAAUCUUUGGUGCCAUUCUUUAUUGCGCAUUGAGACCAAAACUAGUUUCUUCUGAAUAA